UUUCCAGCCAAAAUGCAGCCGUUCUGUGGAGUCGGAAUAUUGGUGCUCAGCCUGGUAAGCUUGGGAUUGGCGGCACCGCAUGGACAUGCGACCAGCUACAGUGUGCUGACCAAGCACGAGGAGCCGGCGCACAAGAUCUAUGUACAUGGACACGGACAUGGACACCAAGAUCAUGGUUAUGCCGGCCAUGGAGGAUAUGGAUAUGAUGGCGUUGGAUUGGGUCUGGGCUAUGCCAGCUACGGCCAUGGCCAUGACAAAUACGAGGCAAGCCAUUAUCCCAAGUACCACUUCGACUACGGUGUCAAGGAUGCGCACACGGGCGAUCAGAAGAGCCAGUGGGAGUCUCGGGAUGGCGACAAGGUUCACGGCAGCUACUCUCUGAAGGAAGCUGAUGGUACAACGCGUGUCGUGGAGUACACGGCUGAUGAUCACAAUGGCUUCAAUGCUGUUGUCAAGAAACUGGGACACGCCCAUCAUCCCCAAGUGUACAAGAGCUACGGACAUGGUGAUCUUUAUGGCGCCGGCUACAGUUAUGGACACGAUGCUGCGCCCUAUGGUGGAUACAAUCAUGGACAUGGCCAUGGACAUGCCAGCAGCUAUUUGAGUGUAAAACAGCUGCAUUAAUCAUCCCGGACAACCGCUGACCACGAACCCUAGAGUUGAUGAUGAGUGUAGAAUGUGAAUAGAACCUGAUCUGACCUUACUUAUAAAUAUAACAACCGCUUACCUAACAAAAGACCAAAAGAGCUUUGACCAGUAUUUUUAAUAGUAUUUUUAAUUGAAAUACAAAAGCAAAGAGAAACUGAAA